CAUACUGUAAAAUGUAUUUGCUUGUCACAUUUGCUGCUCUAGUAAGCUUGAUCUCAGCUGACUUUGUGCCGGAAUGUUGGAUUGGUCCAGUUCAAAUGGCAGCGAAGAAUGGGUACCAUCUCUCUAGACACUGGGUUACAACCCGAGAUGGAUACAUUCUUGAAGUACACAACAUUCCUUCACCAAGUCCCACAGCUGAAGUUGUAUUUCUACAACACGGACUGUUAGAUAGCAGCAUGACUUGGAUGCUCAACGAGAAACAAGGAAGUUUAGCAUUCAUUCUCGCUGAUUCUGGAUACGAUGUUUGGAUGGGAAAUGUCCGGGGCAAUACCUACUCAAGAAACCAUACAAUACUUUCCCCGAAAUCUGCUGAGUUCUGGAAUUUCUCAUUUGACGAGAUGGCAGCUGUAGACCUACCAGCUAUGGUGGACUAUGUCACUAAGACUACAGGAAAAAACAGUAUUUUCUACAUAGGACAUUCACAAGGAAGUGAGAUGGGUUUUAUCGAGUUUUCCAGGAACAAGGAGCUGGCAAAGAAGAUCAAACUAUUCACAGCACUAGCACCAGUUGCCAGAGUCAAGUACAUCAAGGGCUUAAUUUGGUAUGUAGCACAACUGCAGGGUACCUUGGAAUGGACCGGACACAAACUCGGUAUAAACGAACUAUUCCCCAGCUGGUGGCUGCCCAAACUCAUGGUAACCCACGUGUGUCCCCACGUGGAGACUUUCCUCUGUACCAACGUAAUGUUCCUCAUUACUGGAGCUGACAAAUCCAACUUCAACAGCUCCAGGAUUGAGGUAUACGAGUGCCACAAUCCAGCUGGUACAAGUGUCAAGAAUGCAGUGCACUGGGCCCAGCUUAUAAACGAUCAGGAUCUCAAGAUGUUUGACUACAAGGAUGAAGAGGAGAACAGGAAGCACUAUGGUCAGGACACUCCGCCAGUAUACGAUAUUACAGGGCUGGAUGUGCCGACUGCACUGGUUAUGGGAGGAGAAGACUGGCUGGCAGACCCGCAGGAUGAGAUAUGGUUACUUGGAAAAAUAGGAAAUGCUGUGACUAAGACCAUAAUUAUUGAUUAUUAUAACCAUGUAGAUUUCAUUUGGGGUUUAGAUGCUCCUCGAAAAGUUUAUUAUCCGAUAAUAGAAUACAUGAAAUCCCUGACUGAUGAUAAAUAACUUUUAUAAGUGAUUAAAUGUGGCUGCAUGAAAUACCAUCAUAUCAUGAUCACUGCCGGCAAUAGCCAGACUUUUAGCUUGUGU